AUCAGCCCUAGUUUCGUGCAAAAAGCCUACCACCAGUACAGAUUCAGUCUCUGCAAACUUCGUUCAACAGAUCAAACAAUGGCUAGAUACGCAGCAGUCCCAUCAAACCCAGCAAAGUCUGCUUCUGCUAGAGGUUCUUACUUGAGAGUCUCUUUCAAGAACACCAGAGAAACCGCUCAGGCUGUCUCUGGCUGGAAGCUCGAAAAGGCCCAGAAAUACUUGGAACAAGUCCUUGACCACGAAAGAGCCAUUCCUUUCAGAAGAUUCAACUCGUCCAUCGGUAGAACUGCCCAAGGUAAAGAAUUCGGUGUCACCAAGGCCAGAUGGCCUGCCAAAUCCGUCAAGUUCGUCCAAGGUUUGUUAACCAACGCUCAAGCUAACGCUGAAGCAAAGGGCUUAGACGCAUCCAAGUUGGUCAUCUCUCACAUCCAAGUUAACCAAGCUCCAAAGAUGAGAAGAAGAACUUUCAGAGCUCACGGUAGAAUCAACGCUUACCAAUCCUCUCCAUCCCACAUUGAAAUCAUUGUCACCGAAGAAGACGAAGCUGUUGCCAAGGCUCCAGAAAACAGAAAGAUCGCUUUCAACGCAAGACAAAGAGGUAGACUCUCUUCUCAAAAGAGAUUAACCGCUGCUUAGAUUUAAAGUCUCUUCGUGUAUAGCCUUUUUUCUUUCCUCUUCUAUAAAAACAAAAAUAAAACUGUUUUACUGUUAAACAUGGUU